AGACGAGAAGUCAAGGUCUGCGCGGUAACUUUGGUUGAGAUGGUGAAACCAAAGUACAGACGCCAUGGGUUCGUCUCGAAAAAGCAGAAGGAGAGAUAUGAUAAAGUAUCUGCAGGGCAAUUGACUCGAUGGAUUAGGGGAGCUAUCCUUACAGACCACAAUUACUCCGCCAGUGCAACCCCUGUCAGCGUUGAUCACGAUCACGAAUUGCCAAAUUUGAAUAUACUGGAAAGAGAGGAGGUGGUGGAUGGGGAAGAAGUGACUACAUCUGAGGAUUGGAAGGAGGGGAGGAGAGUAGUAGAACUUGGAGUGUUAGCUGAGGGCUUGCGGGGAUGUUGUAAAUGUGGCUUACCAUUACAACUUUCACACACUAUUUCUGUGUUGACAUAUGGUUUAGCUUCUUUGUUAAAGGUCUGUUGCAGCAAUACAAAGUGUAAUCAUAUUAACCAUGUAAAAACGGGGAAAAAACAUGGAAGAGUGUGGGAUGUAAAUACAAAGCUAUCAGCAGCAAUUGUACAUGUUGGUAUUGGUGCAAUGCAAGUCAACAGUCUCCUUUCUGAGCUGAAUAUACCACCUGUAAGCCAUGCCAUGCUGGACAAAAGACAGAAAGAGAUAGGCAGAGCUGUUGAAGAUAUUGCUGCAGAGUCUAUGUCUGAUGCUUUGCAGAAGGAACUGGAAAUGAUGAAUGAAGAGAUGAACGAAAAUGGACUAGUUGUUGCUGUAGAUGCUGGAUGGCAAAAACGGGGUAGCGGAAAGACAUAUGAUAGUUUAUCAGGUCAUUGUUCCAUGGUUGGUCCUCUCUCCGACAAAGUAUUGUCAUACUCUCUGAGGUCUAAGAAUUGCAGAGUAUGCAGUGUAGCUGAAUCAACCAACAAGAAUCCAGCAGCCCAUGAGUGCUCAAAGAAUUGGGAGGGUAGUUCAAAGGCCAUGGAGGCAGAUAUGGUUAUUGAGAUGGUCCAAGAUCUACAGAAAAGUAAAGGAAUAACCAUUGAUGGAAUCAUUGGAGAUGAGGACUCUACCACUAUUGCAAGACUGAAAGCUAAUGUCAAUGCUGAUAUUAAGAAGUUGUCUGAUAAAAAUCAUCUAAAGAAACUGUUUACAAACUCUUUGUUUACCUUGAAGAAAAAACAUUCAUCUCUAACUUUGUCUGUGAUAAAGUACAUUCAGAAAUGCUUCAGUUACUCCAUAGCACAGGGAAAAGGAAAUGCUUCUCAAAUCAAAGAAGACCUUUCAUCAAUUCCAUUACACAUAUUUGGAGAUCACCAACACUGCUCCUCAAGGUGGUGCAACUUCAUUAACAACCCUAACCUGAGGUACAAGUCACUUCCACAUGGAAAACCCCUGAAAGAUAGGUUCCUUCAGGAUGAUCUGAAAGAAGUCUUCAGUUCAUAUGCAAGUCAUUCUGAUCGUCUUUCAUGCUUAGGAAGCACACAGUCGAAUGAGAGUUUUCACAGAAUGGUGUCUGCAAAAGCCCCAAAGACCCAUCAUUACAGCUCUUCUUCAAGCCUCAGAUAUAGAGUUGCUGCAUGUGUAGCCCAGAAAAAUGUUGGACACAGAUAUCUUGUAAAGGUUAACAAGAAAUUGGGCCUCUCUCCUGGCUACUAUACUCGACGACAGUGCAUUCUGAGGGAUUUACAAAGAAAGCGACAGAAGGCCAUUUCAGUGACACAGAAAUUUAAAAGGAGAAGGAGAGAAUUGAAAGCCAGGAAAAUUCAAAGUAUUUCUACAAAAGAAACAAGGGAAGGCAUCAGUUAUUUAACAGGAUGUGAUCUCCAGCAGGCCUCUGACAUCGUUGAAAUUCCAGCUCCAAAAACAAUUCCAAAGUAUGAUCAUCUCCCUUCAAGUCAGCUGUUAAAUGCUGAAGAGAUCUAUUUUGAUUUGGAAACUACUGGACUCGCAAGGGAUUCUCAUAUUGUGCAGUUGUCUGCAGUUAGAAAUGAUGAGGUUUUCAACAAAUACAUCAUUCCAGAAAAACCAAUGUCCUCAAAAGCUACAGAAAUUACUGGAAUAAAAGUAGUCAACAAUAAAAUGUACCACAAUGAUGAGGAAGUUGAGACAGUCAGCAUUAAGGAUGCACUGAUCCAGUUUAUCGACUUCAUGAAGAAAUCGGAGUCAGAUGCUGUUCUAGUUGGACACAACUCCAAAGUGUUUGACCUUCCUGUGCUGUUCAACAUUUUGAGUAAAUUAAACAUUUUGGAGGCAUUCUCAUCUGCAGUCAUUGGUUUCAUUGAUACCUUACCUCUUUUCAAAAUUUCGCAUCCAAACCUUUCAUCAUACUCACAGUUACACCUCUUCGAAGAAAUUCUACAAGACAAAUACAGUGCGCAUGACUCAUUACAGGAUGUCUUAGCCUUGAAGAGAUUGUUGGACCAUACAGGACCUUCCCCUGAAGUCAAACUUGCUGCAUCUUUCACUUCAAACUCUGCCUUUGCCAUAUUCCAUCACAAGAACACAACAAAAAGUCUAAUGAGCACACUAAAGCCUUUAUUGGACCAAAAGGUGAUUUCGAAUGGAAUGGGAAAUAAGAUUGCCAGCAGUGGACUCUCCUUAUCACACUUACAACUGGCUUAUCGCAGAAAUGGUAGGGAGGGAAUACAGGAUGUGCUGACAGAGAUAACAGAUAACAGUGUGCGUGUGACAAAAUCUAGAAAAAUCAUUGAUUCUGUUGCAGAUUUUCUCAGAUCUGAGCAGUAA